AUGACCAGUCAAGACACAUUAUCAGUACCUCAUGAUUUUAUCUGUCCAAUAACUCGAGAAAUUAUGCAAAAUCCUGUAUUACUUAUAGAAGAUGGUCAUUCAUAUGAAUUAUAUGCUAUAGAACAUUGGUUACAAAGUCAUAAUUCUUCACCAAUAACAAAUAAACCAUUAGAUGAUCGUCGUUUUGUAAAUAAUUUUAAUUUAAAAAAUGCUAUACAAGAAUAUUGUACACGACAAAAAACAAUUUUAUCUUCUAAUCAAUUUCUUACAUUUAAUAUUCGUUAUAGUCGUGUUCCAAUAGCAUGGAAUAAUAAACCUAAACUUAAUAUUCGUCUUAGUCUUCUUGGUAGUUCAAAUACGGGUAAAACAACACUUUCUCGUUAUCUUCAAUGUGGUUUACAAUCAAAUUUUGUACAUACAAAUUCUUCAGUAACUAUCGGACCUGAUCUUCAUUUUUUUUAUUUGGAUCAAUUAUAUGAUGAUCAAUAUGUUAUUACAAUUCAACUUUCUGAUAUACCUGGUAUGGAACGUUUUGAAUCAUGUUGUGAUAAUCAUUUUCGUAAUUGUCAUGGUGCAUUUUUAAUUACUGAUUCAACUGAUAUUGAUACACUUGAACGUAUAGAACUUCAUUGGUAUAAACAAUUACAAUUAAAAGGAAAAGAACAUGUAGAAUCUAUACUUGUUUGUAAUAAAAUUGAUAUAUUUGAAGACAAUUGUGAUGAUAAUUAUCGAAAAAUAUUUUUGGAACGUGCUGAAUAUUUUGCAUCAUUACAUGAUAUGCCUAUUUGUCAUACAUCUGCAUUACGUGGUGAUAAUAUUCAAUUUAUGUUUAAACAAUUAAUAAUACGAAUUCUACAAAAUGAAUCAUUAUUACAACAGAUUAAAGAAAAUAGUUCUAUGUAUAAUAAAUCAUUAUUUAGAUCAGAACCAAUAUCACCUACAUCAUCUAUUCAAGUUUUGCUUAAAUCAUCAUCUAGACAAAAUGAUUAUAAUAGCAGUUCAUCAGGGGAUUGUUGUUUAUUUGCUUGA